AUGGUCAGGUAUAUAUUGAUGGUUAAUAGCAAGCAAUUAGACUGGAAUUUGGAACAAUUAUUAGUACCGGUCACGUGUGGAAAUUUGUGA